AUGGACAUCAAACAGCUGCUCUCGCCGCAAGAGUCGGCUGCCCAGUCGCGACAGUCGACUCCAACCUCGUCGACCACCAAGUCCAGCCCGUCCGCCUCGUCAGUGCCUUCCUCGACGACCUCUCCUCACAAGAACUCGCGCAGAGGCCGCCCCAGCGCCUCCAAGUUCAGCUCUGGCCCCUCUCCAGUAGCCCGACAAGCCCUCGAGUCUCGCCUGCCAGACCGAGCCGGCGCCUCCAACAGCCACAACGCUCCGGCUGGCAAUGGGAAUGCCUCGUACAACGACAUGCAGGCCCCUCGUCAAUCGGCAACCUCGAUCAACGCUUUAGCCGAUGUCGCAGCAUUGCAAGACCAUCAGUCACAAGCGCCAAAGAAUCCCCCAGUCUAUCCAAACAUGUCCUCCUUUGAGCCUCUAUACCCCACCCCGAAGCCUGUUCCAUCUAUCCAAAACCCACCUCGAGCGCCCGAGCCACGAGAGCACAUUAAACGCGACUACGGACAUACUUCGCUUCCUGCAGAGGCCCAACAACAAGCAGCCCAGCUAUUCAGCCAUAUCCAGGAAAACCCGCACUCAUACGAGUCCCAUGUUCAGUUUGUCAGACUACUUCACACAGGAUUUGUUAACCAUGUAUACCCGCCUCACAACCCAGAUGCGCAUGGCGACCCCAGAGGCUACGACCUGCUGAACGAUUUACGCAGCGCGCGAGAGGAGAUGGACAAGCUGUUUGCCAUGGGCGAGGAUCUCUGGAUCGAGUGGAUUCAGGACGAGACCUUGAUCGCACGAUCAGUUGACGAAAGGAUCGCUGUGCUGGAACUCUGUCGACGAUCCGUCGAAGAGGAAUACGGUAGCACCAAACUGUGGACUAUGUUUGGUGACUGGAUGCUGUACCUAUACAAUGCUGCGAUGGGCCAAAGUGACCAAAACCAAUGGAGCGAGGAGGAUCGGAUAGUUGGACGAGAGGUCUUUAACUGGCAGUCAGUAUUGGAUAUUUGGCAAAGAGGUGCCGAAGCGACCCGUUGGCGCGUCAACGACAGUCACCGCGUUUGGAAUAAAUUCCUCGAGCUGUCUGUGCAGGACUUGGCUCAUGCUCGAUCGUCAGAGCGCGUGUCCCAAGUUCGAGGGCUUUUUGAUUCCCGAUUGCAGACUCCUCAUGCCGCCUGGGAUGAGACUUCUCAAAUCUUUUCCAGCUUUGUCACUAGCUACUACAGUGCAAACUAUGAGGAGCUCAUGGUCGAAACUAAUGCACGCGCAUCUGACGCGAAGAUGAAAUACGACAACCGACGCGAUUUUGAAAUCAAAUUACAGAAAGCGGAGGACUCACAGGACCCUAAUUUGGAAUGGGCCGUCUAUACCGAAUACAUUGAGUGGGAGCUUAAUCGGCACCCUGAAAAACGAAUCUACAGUGCUCAUCUGAUUAAUGCGCUAUACCAGCGGGCCUUGUUACGAUUUCCUACCGAUGUAGCUAUGUGGGAGGACUAUGUGACCUUCCUGGUUCAGAUGUCGCCUCCUCGUCCCGACAUCGCUCCCAUUCUUCCUACGCUGGAACGUGCAACCAGACACUGUCCGUGGUCCGGUACAUUAUGGUCUCAAUUUUUAUUAGUGGCUGAACGUGAGGGCUGGUCGUUUAAUCAGAUAUCGCAACUCAAACAUACAGCUACAAGUACUGGUCUCCUGGAUGCUGGUGGUCUAGAAGAGGUCAUCAAAGUCCACAGCAUGUGGUGCAGCUAUCUACGUCGCCAUGCGUUUUUGCCGGACGGCAACGAUGAAGACUUGGACGUGGCCGAGGUUGGCAUCCGCUCUGCCAUCGAGCGAGUACAGGAACUCGGAGAGAAUAAAUACGGCAAAGCGUAUCAAGGCGACCCUUACUUCCGCCUCGAAAGAAUUUACACACGGUAUCUGAGCGAGAGUGGAAGCUGGGAUAGUGCGCGGGAAUACUACAAAAGCCUCAUUCCUCGUCGGGGAAAUAGCUACGAGUUCUGGUUGGAUUAUUACAAUUGGGAGAUUAUGUCUUGGCGAACAUUCGUCGAGGUUGCCAUGACCCCUGAAGCAGCGAGAAGGACCCCUGGCCCUAGUUACGCGACUGCAGUACUCAAACAAGCAAUCAAACGACCGGAUCUGGACUGGCCUGAAAAGAUCGUGGCCAAGUACAUUGCGCACUGUGAGGACUACGAAGAUGCCGAUGAGCUGCAAGAAGCUUUUGUUGAGACGCAGAAAGCCAUGAAAGUCGUGACCCGGAGACGCCAAAAAGAAGCACUCGAACAACGCGUUGCACAGGAGCAACAGCAAGCGGCCGCACUAGCAGCUCAGGCUGAGUCGGAUAGCAACGCUACUGUUUUCAAGCGGAAACGUGAGGAGGAAGCUUCGGAUGUUAACGGAUUGCCUACUAAGAAGGCUCGUCCUGAGGAUGCUGCAGUUGUCGACCAGCAGGAACCAGUUGAAUUGAAAAGGGAUCGAGAGAAUUCGACGGUCAUCGUCAAGCGCUUGCCUCUGGACAUUAGCGAGCCUCAGAUCCGCCAAUUUUUCCGUGAGUGCGGUGUUAUUAAUGAUAUUCGAUUUCUGCCCCCAGACGAAGACUUGAAGACGGCAAUUGUGGAAUUCGACUCGAAAGAGGACGCCGCCACAGCUCUUACGCGAGACCAGAAGCGUAUCGACGGGAGUACAGUUGACGUCGAAAUGGGUGUUGGUUCGACGGUCUAUGUAACCAAUUUCCCUCCAACCGCUGAUGAAGCGUACAUUAAAGAUCUGCUCAACGAGUUUGGAGAGAUUGUCGACGUGCGAUUCCCAUCACUGAAAUACAACACCCAUCGUCGGUUCUGCUACGUUCAAUUCAAGUCCGCAGGCGAAGCGAUUGCUGCGACGAAACUGGACGGCACUGUUGUUGGCGAUAAUUUACAUUUACAAGUCAAGAUCUCAAACCCAACGCAAAAGCAGGACCGCCACGGACCAAUUUACGAGGGACGGGAGGUUCAUGUUUCCAACGUCCAUUUCAAGGCCAGCGAAAGCGACUUGAAGGAGGUUUUCUCCCAGUAUGGGACAGUUGAGAUUGUGCGCCUUCCCACAAAGGUCAGCGGCGAGCACCGUGGAUUUGGAUUUGUAGUUUUCUCCUCUCCGGAGGAGGCCACUGCGUCACUCGCCAUGCAUCAACAAGAAUUCCGUGGGCGACCACUGCAAGUCAAAAUGUCAACGCCAACACCUGUCAAACGAUCUGCGGUCGUAGUCUCCCACAAAGGCCGGUCACCCUCCCUUGAACCUAAUGGUGCCACCGCCAAAUCUACUGAGGGCGACGAGCGUGCGGCUCGCACGCUAGGCUUGAUGAAUAUCCCCGACACGGUAAACGACAGCCGCAUACGGUCUAUCACCGAGAAAUUCGGCACUUUGAUUAAAAUCAUCUUACGACCAGAGCACGAAGGCGCUAUUGUGGAAUUCUCAGACGUCAAGGCCGCCGGAAAGGCAUCGAUGGAACUAGAGGGCUAUGAGAUUGUGCCUGGACGAAAAAUCCACGUGGGCUCUGCUCGCGACCUUGUGCGUCCGAAAGACGUCGCCUCCUCUAAAGCGAAGCCGAAACAUGCGACAGUGUUACCAAUGGGCAUUCCGGUCAAACGGCCCACACAACCAGGUGUCUCCAGCAGCCGGCGUCGUGGGGGGCUGGGGUUCAAACGCGGCGGCGCUACCGCCCCAGACCGCAGUCAUAAUCACGAUCAGGAUCAUGAUCAGACAAUGGGCGAUGCAUCUGAGGGAAGUGAAAGAGCUGGUGAGAAGAAGCCGCAGAAAAGUAACGAAGAUUUUCGCGCGAUGAUCCAGGGUAACGCAAAAUAA